UUCAUCCAGCAGAAUGCAUCUAAGUGCUGCAGCUGCCUUUUCCCUGUUGCUGGGCAUUUCAUGGUGUUAUAGACUACCGAUAUCGGACGAAGAUGAUAGCGAUGAGUUCACAAAGCAAGAUUUUGAGUUUGCAGAGCGCUAUCUAAAGACCCAUUACAAUCUCCCGUCCAAUCCUGCUGGCCUGCUGCGAAAAUCAGCUGGUACAUUUGCUUCCAAACUUCGAGAAAUGCAAGCAUUUUUUGGACUGGAUGUCACAGGCAAACUAGAUGAAGACACAUAUGAGCUGAUGCAACAGCCACGCUGUGGUGUUCCUGAUGUGGGGGAAUACAACUUUUUCCCUCGAAAGCUGAAAUGGCCACAGAAUAAUUUAACAUACAGGAUUGUAAAUUACACCCCUGACCUGAAAAAGUCUGAAGUGGACAGAGCAUUCAGGAAAGCUUUCAAGGUUUGGUCUGAUGUGACACCGCUCAACUUUACAAGAAUUCGCAGUGGUACUGCUGAUAUCAUGAUCUCCUUUGGAAGGAGAGAACAUGGUGAUUUCUAUCCCUUUGAUGGACCUUCUGGACUCUUGGCUCAUGCUUUUCCUCCUGGACCAAAUUCUGGAGGAGAUGCCCAUUUUGAUGAAGAUGAGCUGUGGUCAACUGAUUCCAAUGGAUAUAACUUGUUUCUUGUGGCUGCCCAUGAGUUUGGUCAUUCUCUGGGACUUGAGCACUCCAGAGACCCUGGAGCAUUGAUGUAUCCAGUUUACACAUAUACAGGAAACACUGGCUUCUUACUUCCAGAUGAUGAUGUACAAGGAAUCCAGGUUCUUUAUGGUACGUCUGGCUUUUGUCUCAACUCUUUCUGCACACUUCUAAUUCAGGAAUGGAACUUAUCAGCAAACAGUUUCCUCAGUGGAGCCUGUUUAACAGCCUGA